AUGGGAAAACUGAUCAACCUGCAAACCUUGCAUAAGUUUAUAGUGAAUGAGAACAAGGGGCAUCGAAUCUCUGAGCUAAAACAUAUGAAUGCACUUCAAGGAUCAAUAAAGAUUGUGCAUCUUGAAAAUGUCAAAGACGGAAGUGAGGCUGCAAUGGCCUCCUUGUCCUUGAAGUCAGGACUCACAAGGUUAGAGCUACAAUGGACAGAGAGCUCAAUGCCUGAAUCAUCAGCUAAGACAGAGAUUUCAAAUGCGACAGAGAUUUUAAAUGAGCUUCAACCUCCUAUAAAUUUGGCGGAAUUACAGGUGACAAAUUAUAGUGGUCUUAGUUAUCCAUUGUGGUUUUACAGUCAAAUGUUCCAUAACCUUCAAAAGAUUCACUUGCACCAUUGGCCACAUUGCACCGAACUCCCACCGUUGUGGAAACUUCCAGUUCUAACGACUCUUAAUUUGGAUUCAAUGUGCAAGUUAAAGCAUGUUGAUCGUCAUUUUUUUGGGGAUUCCCAGCAGGAGCGGAGGUUUGGGGCAUUGGAAUAUUUAGAAGUGCGUAACAUGGAACAACUUGCUAGUUGGAAUAGAUUGGAGCAUGGAGACAUGCCUUGCCUCAAGGAGUUAAGAUUUGUGAGGUGCCCUUUGUAA